CUGCGGCACCUCCUCCUCCUCCUCCUCCUUCUUCUUCUUCUGUGUGUGUGUGCUGGCAGGGACGGAGGUGAGCCGCUGCUGCUGUUCACUCCUCCCCCGCUCCCGGCUCUCCUCUCCGGGAGAAAGCGGCGGACGGACCGUCGGGCUCGGCAGCACUAGCGUUAGCUCGUUAGCUCAUUAGCUUUAGCGGCGGCAGAGGAGCCAUGAGAAGCCGCUGCUGGAGGGGAAAGUUUCUCGAGGUUUUACCGACGCGUUUAGUGACGCGUUUAACUCACGGCGGGACUCCUCACGCACGGAAACGCACGUAAAAACGAGGAGCCUCACGGAACAUGCCGCCCCCCCCCCGACGGGAACUUUCCUCUCGAUUUUCCACUUUGGGGAAAGGCUAGCAUCGGAGCUAGCGAGGCUACACACUACUUUUAAUUGGCUUUGGGGCUCAAUGGCUCCCGCUGGAUUCCCGUGUCACUAGAGACCGCUCGGGACACUCAAGAGGACCGGGGACACUUCGGGACAAACCCGAGCUUCGAAGCGAAAAUGAAGAAGCAGUUUAACCGGAUGAAACAGCUCGCCAACCAAACCGUCGGGAGAGCGGAGAAGACAGAAGUCCUCAGCGAUGACCUCUUACAGAUUGAGCGGCGCAUGGAGCUGGUGCGCGUGGUGUCCCACAACACGCACAAGAGGAUGGUGUCCUGUCUGCAGGGACACAUCGGCGCCGAGGCCGAGAAGAGACACUCGGUACCACGCCUGUAUACAGGAAACGGUCAGAAAAAGCUCCCCCUGACCGGCCUGUCCCAGGCCAUGGUGGAGGGCGGAAACCAACUGGGAGAAGACUCCUUGAUCGGGAAGAUGAUGGAAGUGUGCGGCGAGGCAGAGAGCCGCCUGGCAGCCGAGCUGAUGCAACAUGAGCUGCAGAUAGAGAAGGAUGUUCUGGAUCCUCUCAGCCAGCUAGCCGAGCUGGACAUUCCCAACAUCCUCAGGCAGAGGAAACAUCUGGCCAAAUUGGUGCUGGACUAUGAUUCUGCCAGAGCAAGAUGGUUGCAGGCAACCAAGUCAAUAAUCUCAGGAACAAACACUCAAGCACUGACGGCCAAGGCUGACCUUCUCAAGGAGGAGAUGGACGAGGCCAUGAACAAGGUGGAGCUUUGCAAGGACCAGCUGGCGGCAGACAUGUACAGUUUCUUCUCCAGAGAAGGGGACUACGCCCGCUACUUCGUAACGCUCUUGGAAGCCCAGGCUGAUUACCACAGAAGGUCCCUCAGCGUUCUGGAGAGCGUUCUUCCAAGCAUCCGAGCUCAGCAAGACUCGUGGACGGAGAAGCCCGCCUUCGGCACGGCGCUGGAGGAGCACCUGAAGAGGAGCGGGAGGGAGAUCGCUCUGCCCAUCGAGGCCUGCGUCAUGAUGCUGCUGGAGACUGGCAUGAAGGAAGAGGGUCUCCUCAGAAUCGCAGCCGGGGCGUCCAAGCUGAAGAAGCUCAAAGCGGCGCUGGACUGCUCCACCUCCCAGCUGGAGGAGUUCUACUCCGACCCCCACGCCGUCGCCGGGGCUUUGAAGUCCUACCUGAGGGAGCUGCCUGAACCUCUGAUGACGUACCAGCUCUACGAUGACUGGCUCCAGGCGUCCAGCGUGUCCGACCCAGACAAGAGGCUGCAGGCGCUGUGGGUCGUGUGUGACAGUCUACCAAAGAGCAACAAGGCCAACCUGAGGUACCUGGUGAAGUUCCUGGCCAAGCUGGCUCAGGACAGCGAGGUGAACAAAAUGACCCCCAGCAACUUGGCCAUCGUCCUGGGACCCAACCUGAUGUGGGCCAAGACCGAGGGGAGUCUGGCGGAGAUGGCUGCAGCGACCUCGGUGCACGUGGUGGCCAUCGUGGAGCCCAUCAUCCAGCAUGCCGACUGGUUCUUCCCCGACGACGUGGAGUUCAACGUGUCCGGCAUGUUUGCGAUGCCGGCGCCGCCCUCCAGCCACAACAACCACCUGGACCACGAGUGCGGCGCCGUGGAGAGGAAGCGGCCCGGCAGCGUGGUCGGGCCGGAGAGCGACGCGCCGCGCAGGGAUAGCACCCCCAACAAGCACUCGGACCACACGCUCCGUCGGGGCAGUAACACCUCAGGUAGAAAGCAGCACACGUCGCCUGCCUUCCAGCCCCCUUUGCCCCCCGUGGAGGCUCCGGGGGGGCAGGUCGCCCAGCACUCAGCCGAGCCCCCGCCGCAGACCCAGCCGGGGGGUUCAGGCGCCGACGCUUCCCAGAGCCUGGCUGCGCCCGCUCAGCAGCUUCUAGCCCAGCACAUGGAGGAGCUCAGUUCCCCAAAGCAACGCGACCCGGCGCCCGCCCAAACCCCGCUGCUCCAGAGGAAUGGCUCUGGAGGGGGGGGGCAGGGGGGGGGCCAGCUGGGCACAGGGAGCCCCGGGGCCGGACCCACGGGGCCCAGUCCGCACAGAGGUACCAAGAAGCAGGCUCCGCCCCCCCCCAAACCGAUGAACCCCCCACCCAGCCAGCCACUGAACCUCAGCCCCUCCCCCAGAGCGGGGCGCUCCGGCCCCUCCCCCACCUCGCCCGCCUCACAGCCGUGUGCCACGCCCAGACGCCACUUCAGCAACCAGACCCCCAUCCAAGCCCCCAGCCACCCCCCCCCGGAGCCCCCGUCUCAGGCCAGCCCCCCCUCGCAGCCCGCGUCGCUUGGCCGGCCCGCCGGGGACCGUCGGAGCUCGGACCCCUCGCCCCCCGGCACCCCGAGCCCUCCGGACACCCCCCCGCCUCCGGCCCCCGCCCAGGACGCGGCGCCUCUGCCCCCCUCCCCCUUCCAGGCGGGAUCGCUCCCCCGGCCGCGGCCCGUCCCCAAGCCUCGCAACCGCCCCAGCAUGCCGCCGCCGCCGCGCCACCCCCCCUCGCCCGCCGGUGACUCCAACGGCGUCUGUGCUCACAGGACCACAGACCCAUCGAUGUCUCUCAAAGGACCGAGUCGAGCUCUGAUCCCCGAGUACGUUGGAGACCUGCAGCCUGCGGCGCCCCCCCCCAAAGACUGUGACCUGGACACUGAGAGCACCGUCCUAUGAGGUGGAGACAAUGACGCGUCCAGCUGCAGGAAGGACCCCCCCCCCCCCCCUGCAGGAAGGUGGUAAACGGUGGCUGUGAUGGUGCAGCACGUCAAUCAAACUGCUUCCAUGCAUUUUAAUUUAUGCACCAAAUGAUUUAGAAAUGACAGCAGCUCAUUGGUUAAUCCCCCCCCCCUCAGGUAGCCCUCUUCCAAACCUUUACCCACGGUUUACGGUUUACCGGCGGGCCCCCACCCAUGCGCCGGAUGCGCUCAUGAGACACGACGCGUGAUGCGUCAUCUUACUGCACAGUGACUGAUGAUGACAUCACACGCCGUGAUGACAUCACACAGACCGGGGCCACUCAUUGGCUAUUUGGUGUUUUGUAUUUUCUUAAUGGCCUUAGAAGGAGGAAUGAAAAGGGGUUUCCUUCGCGGGGGGGUGUUUGGUUCCCUCACUGUAUUUAUUUAGCGAUCUGAAAACAUUCCGUGUGGCUUAACGUGACGAAUCCACACUUUAAAUGUAACGACGUCAAUUACUUACGUUGCCAUGGCAACAAGCGUGUUUCUGGGAGGUGAGGAAGGACACGUGUCCCUCUGCAGGAGAAGUCUUCCAGAGGAGAAGUAGCAGAAGCAAUGCCCCCCCCCCCCCCCCCCC